GACUUUCUGGCAAUCCCUAUUACUUCUGUGCCUUCUGAGAGUGCAUUUAGUUCUGGUGGGAGGUUGUUAGACCCUCACCGGAGCAGGCUGCAUUAUUCGACUGUGGAGGCAAUGAUGUGUACUAGGAGUUGGAUAAUGGAGGACAUGCAACGAGAUUCGGAGGCUGCUGUGGAGGCAUUAGAUGGACUCUUCUCAACAAUGACACUCGAAGAUACAACUGUGGAAGAGGCAGAACCUGGUGGUCCAGAACUCACCUUAAUGAGAUCACCAUUUGCCCAUGAAGACUGAUUGGUAAUCUGCUGUGGGACCAAGUUUCAAUUGAUGAUUGCUGGUCUGCUGGUUUACAUCGAUUGGAAU